UCAGAAAAUAACAGUCUUUCUUUGUAAAUUUUCAUAUGAAUGCUACAAAGAAACAGGGUCAAGAGAGUAGUUCUAGACAACCUGUUCUCACCAUAAUCCAGUCCUGCCUUAUAGGGAUCUGUGUCAUUCAAGGAUGUGACAGUGGACUUUAGUCAAGAGGAGUGGCAGCACUUAGAUCCUGCUCAGAAGACUCUGUACAUGGAUGUGAUGUUGGAAAAUUAUCGUCACUUCAUCUCUGUGGGGUGUGACAUGACCAAACCUGAUGUGAUCCUCAAAUUGGAACGAGGGGAAGAGCCAUGGACAUCACUUGCAGGUCAUGCCUGCUUAGAAGAAAACUGGAAAGCUGAAGACUUUUUAAUGAAAUUAAAGGAACACCAAGAUAAAAGUUCUAGAUCAGUUGUAUGGAUUAACCACAAAAAACUGAUAAAGGAGAAGAGUAAUGUAUAUGAAAAGACAUUUAUUCUAGUGAGAAAACCAACUAAUUCAAAAGCAUAUGACACUCGUGGAAACAUUUUGGAAAAUGUUUCAGAAUUCAUCAUCAGUAAUCUAAAUCCUGCAAGAAAGAGACUUAAUGAGUAUAAUGGAUGUGGGAAAUCAUUCCUUAUUACUAGAGAAGAAACAGUUCAUCCAGAAGUCAGAUCCCAUAGUCAGAGUGACAGGGCCUUCAGUCAUAAUGAUGUGCUUAUGCAGUAUCAGAAGAUGGUGACAACAGCACAGUCAUUUGGAUAUAAUGACUAUGAGAAAUCAUUCCUUAAAAAGGGAGACUUAAACACACAUAAUAGAGUUUACAGAGGGGAAAGCCCAUCUGUAUAUAAUAAAAAGAGAAGAGCAACCAACAUUGAAAAAAAACAUACAUGCACUGAAUGUGGGAAAUCCUUCUGCAGGAAGUCUGUAUUGAUUCUGCAUCAAGGAAUUCACACAGAGGAAAAGCCCUACCAGUGUCAUCAGUGUGGAAAUGCAUUUAGAAGGAAAUCAUAUCUCAUUGACCAUCAGAGAACUCACACAGGGGAGAAACCCUUUGCCUGUAAUGAAUGUGGUAAGUCCUUCCGCCUAAAGACAGCCCUCACUGACCAUCAGAGAACACACACAGGGGAAAAGUCAUAUGAAUGCCCACAGUGCAGAAAUGCCUUCAGAUUGAAGUCACACCUCAUUCGUCAUCAGAGAACUCACACGGGAGAGAAACCAUAUGAAUGUAAUGAUUGUGGGAAGUCCUUCCGCCAAAAGACAACACUCUCUCUCCAUCAGAGAAUUCAUACAGGGGAGAAACCUUAUAUUUGUAAGGAAUGUGGGAAGUCCUUUCACCAGAAGGCAAACCUUACUGUACAUCAAAGGACUCACACAGGGGAGAAGCCCUAUGUUUGUAAUGAAUGUGGGAAAUCCUUCUCUCAGAAGACAACUCUUGCUCUUCAUGAGAAAACUCAUAAUGAGGAGAAACCCUAUAUUUGUAAUGAAUGUGGAAAAUCCUUCCGCCAGAAGACAACACUUGUGGCACAUCAGAGAACACAUACAGGGGAGAAGUCUUAUGAAUGCCCUCACUGUGGGAAGGCCUUUAGAAUGAAGUCAUACCUCAUUGAUCAUCACAGAACUCACACAGGAGAAAAACCAUAUGAAUGUAAUGAAUGUGGGAAAUCAUUCAGUCAAAAGACAAAUCUUAACCUACACCAGAGAAUUCAUACAGGAGAGAAACCCUACAUUUGUAAUGAAUGUGGGAAGUCCUUUCGCCAGAAAGCAACCCUCACUGUACACCAGAAAAUACAUACAGGGCAGAAAUCCUACGAAUGUCCUCAGUGUGGGAAAGCAUUUAGCAGGAAGUCAUAUCUCAUUCAUCAUCAAAGAACUCAUACAGGAGAAAAACCAUAUAAGUGUAAUGAAUGUGGAAAGUGCUUCCGCCAGAAAACAAACCUCAUUGUACAUCAAAGAACUCACACAGGUGAGAAACCCUAUGUUUGUAAUGAGUGUGGUAAGUCCUUCAGUUAUAAGAGAAACCUCAUUGUCCAUCAAAAAACUCAUAAGGGAGAAAAUAUGGAAAUGGAAUAA